AUGUCCAACCCAUUGGUCGACAGAAUCCUAGGCAAUCCGUUGACUUUUGUCACGGCCAAAGCUCCCGAAAAAGAAACCGCCGCAGAAAAACACCCAUCCUAUAUUGUCCUCGGUAAUGACGCUCCUCAGGCAUCGCAGAAGGACGAGUCCACGCUUUUGAAACCUAAAAAACAGCCGCUCAAGAAACUCCAGCCUCGGUCCAUGGCUGAUGCUAUUGCUGCUUAUACGGGUAAAAAAUAUAUGACCAAGGCUGAACGCAAGAGAAGCACGCCUAAGCCUGUGGAGAGCGAUGAAGGUGAGCCUGUGGAGCCCGAGAAGAGUAGUAAUGUUGAUGUGAGUGAAGAGGAGGAGGAAGAAGGUUCUGACUCUGAAUCACAGUAUGAGCUGGCGUCUGAGUUCCAGACUGACUCGUCGUUCCAUGGGUUUCGUAGUUCCAGUGAAGAGGAGUCCAAGUCAGAGACUGCUGAUGCUGAGGCUAAGGAAGAGACGUCUAGUGAUAACGAUAACGUUUUGGUUGACGAAGAGGAUGAGCUGGACGAUGAGUCGUACGAUGGAGACGCUGCCGAGGUUGAAGAUAGCGAUGAGGAUGACGAUGACGAUGAGGAGGAGGAUGAACCUGAAGGUGACUUAGAAGAAGAGGACGCUUCAGACGAGUCCAACGCCGAGGAAGACGCUCUGGAGGUGAAUGACGCUUCCAGCAACGGCUCCGUGGUCAAGGAAGACAUGCAUCAGCUUAGAAGAGACUUGCUUGAUGACGCUAAGAAGACUACGCCUCCUACAUCGCCAGAAACCGCUGCUGAACCUAAAGACUCGGAAUCCAAGCCAAAGCCUGUCACGUUGGCUAAACACCCCAAGGGACACUAUAACAUCACAGAAACAGCCGUUGACCGUGGCCAGAACGGUUCCCAGAGAAUAAUAAAGAACUGGACAAAGAAGUUUCAAGGGAAGCAUCCUGUGGGUCUCCUUAACUUUGGCGUCACCUGCUACAUGAAUUCGGCCAUCCAGCUGAUGGUACACAUUCCUGCUGUUCAGCACUACCUCCUAGAAGUGCUUGAAGGUAAACACGAGCUUCCUGCUAAGAGCGUAACGCAUACUGUGGCGGAACUCUCAAGCAGAAUGUGGGGUUUCUCUUCGGGUCACGGAAAGGGGCCACGUAAGUUUGUCAACCCAAAGAAAGUCAUUCAGAGGCUUUUCGAUAUCAAUUGCAUGAUGAGUGAAUGGCAGCAAGAGGACUCUCAUGAGUACUUCAUGAGUUUGAUGUCCCGCUUCCAAGAAGACUCUACGCCUAAGGGCAAAAAAUUAAACGAAAGCAUCAUCUACGAUAUCUUUGGUGGUCUAUUACAGCAGGAAGUGACUUGUCGUGAAUGCAACACCGUCAGCACAACGAAGCAAGAGUUUUAUGACUUGUCGCUCGGGCUCAAUAAGAAAAGACGCAGCUCUGAAACGGAAGAAAUCCCUUGUGGCCGCUACUCCAUCGAGAAGAGUAUCAACGACUAUUUCUCCACGGAAACGAUUAAAAAAGAUAAAGUGGACGAGAGUUCAGGCUACCACUGUGAAAAAUGCAAAAAGCGUACUGUGGCAUCUAAAAAAUCCAUGAUCGAACGCAGUCCAGAAACACUCAUGGUCCAUUUAAAGAGAUUUAAGUUCAACGGCAGUUCGUCCUCCAAGGUGAAACAAGCCAUCGUAUACCCCGGGUUUCUAGACUUGGCCCCAUACACCAUGACGCAAGAGUCAACCAAGUAUCAGCUCAUUUCGGUCAUUGUUCACGAGGGCAGGUCGAUUCUGUCCGGACACUAUAUUUGCCAUUGCCUUCAGCCAGAUGGCUCGUGGUCAACGUACGACGACGAGUACAUCAACAAAACAGACGAGAGGAAGGCCAUGAGCGAUCCUUCAGCAUACUGUUUAAUUUACACGAAACUCACGCCGAAGGGCGAGAGUACAUCUAAUGGCGAGGUAAGCAGGAAGAGAAAGAGAGAUAGAGGCGGAUCUGUGGCUAAGAAAGCCAAACAUUAG